AUGGUAGUCGUGUCUGUGUGGGUGCUUCCCCUCAGGCUCCACAACCUUUCUCAGGCUCCACAACCUCCCUCAGGUUCCACAACCUUCCUCAGGCUCCACAACCUCCCUCAGGUUCCACAACCUUCCUCAGGUUCCACAACCUCCCUCAGGUUCCACAACCUUCCUCAGGUUCCACAACCUCCCUCAGGUUCCACAACCUUCCUCAGGCUCCACAACCUCCCUCAGGCUUCACAACCUUCCUCAGGCUCCACAACCUUCCUCAGGCUCCACAACCUUCCUCAGGCUCCACAACCUCCCUCAGGCUCCACAACCUCCUCAGGCUCCACAACCUUCCUCAGGCUCCACAACCUCCCUCAGGCUCCACAACCUUCCUCAGGCUCCACAACCUUCCUCAGGCUCCACAACCUUCCUCAGGCUCCACAACCUUCCUCAGGCUACACAACCUUCCUCAGGCUCCACAACCUUCCUCAGGCUCCACAACCUUCCUCAGGCUCCUCAACCUUCCUCAGGCUCCACAACCUCCCUCAGGCUCCACAACCUUCCUCAGGCUCCACAACCUUCCUCAGGCUCCACAACCUCCCUCAGGCUCCACAACCUCCUCAGGCUCCACAACCUUCCUCAGGCUCCACAACCUUCCUCAGGCUCCACAACCUUCCUCAGGCUCCACAACCUUCCUCAGGCUCCACAACCUUCCUCAGGCUCCACAACCUUCCUCAGGCUCCUCAACCUUCCUCAGGCUCCACAACCUUCCUCAGGCUCCACAACCUUCCUCAGGCUCCACAACCUUCCUCAGGCUCCACAACCUUCCUCAGGCUCCACAACCUUCCUGAGGCUCCACAACCUUCCUCAGGCUCCACAACCUUCCUGAGGCUCCACAACCUUCCUCAGGCUCCACAACCUUCCUCAAGCUCCACAACCUUCCUCAGGCUCCACAACCUUCCUCAGGCUCCUCAACCUUCCUCAGGCUCCUCAACCUUCCUCAGGCUCCACAACCUCCCUCAAGCUCCACAAUCUUCCUCAGGCUCCUCAACCUUCCUCAGGCUCCUCAACCUUCCUCAGGCUCCACAACCUUCCUCAGGCUCCACAACCUUCCUCAGGCUCCACAACCUCCUCAGGCUCCACAACCUUCCUCAGGCUCCUCAACCUUCCUCAGGCUCCACAACCUUCCUCAGGCUCCACAACCUUCCUCAGGCUCCACAACCUUCCUCAGGCUCCACAACCUCUCUCAGGCUCCACAACCUUCCUCAGGCUCCACAACCUUCCUCAGGCUCCACAACCUUCCUCAGGCUCCACAACCUUCCUCAGGCUCCACAACCUUCCUCAGGCUCCACAACCUUCCUCAGGCUCCACAACCUUCCUCAGGCUCCACAACCUUCCUCAGGCUCCUCAACCUUCCUCAGGCUCCACAACCUUCCUCAGGCUCCACAACCUUCCUCAGGCUCCACAACCUUCCUCAGGCUCCACAACCUUCCUCAGGCUCCACAACCUUCCUCAGGCUCCACAACCUUCCUCAGGCUCCACAACCUUCCUCAGGCUCCACAACCUUCCUCAGGCUCCUCAACCUUCCUCAGGCUCCACAACCUUCCUCAGGCUCCACAACCUUCCUCAGGCUCCUCAACCUUCCUCAGGCUCCACAACCUUCCUCAGGCUCCACAACCUUCCUCAGGCUCCACAACCUCCUCAGGCUCCUCAACCUUCCUCAGGCUCCACAACCUUCCUCAGGCUCCACAACCUUCCUCAGGCUCCUCAACCUUCCUCAGGCUCCACAACCUUCCUCAGGCUCCACAACCUUCCUCAGGCUCCACAACCUUCCUCAGGCUCCACAACCUUCCUCAGGCUCCACAACCUUCCUCAGGCUCCACAACCUUCCUCAGGCUCCACAACCUUCCUCAGGCUCCACAACCUUCCUCAGGCUCCACAACCUUCCUCAGGCUCCACAACCUACUUCAGGCUCCACAACCUUCCUCAGGCUCCACAACCUUCCUCAGGCUCCACAACCUUCCUCAGGCUCCACAACCUUCCUCAGGCUCCACAACCUUCCUCAGGCUCCACAACCUUCCUCAGGCUCCACAACCUUCCUCAGGCUCCAUAACCUUCCUCAGGCUCCACAACCUUCCUCAGGCUCCACAACCUUCCUCAGGCUCCACAACCUUCCUCAGGCUCCACAACCUUCCUCAGGCUCCACAACCUUCCUCAGGCUCCUCAACCUUCCUCAGGCUCCACACCUUCCUCAGGCUCCACAACCUCCUCAGGCUCCUCAACCUUCCUCAGGCUCCACAACCUUCCUCAGGCUCCACAACCUUCCUCAGGCUCCUCAACCUUCCUCAGGCUCCACAACCUUCCUCAGGCUCCACAACCUUCCUCAGGCUCCACAACCUUCCUCAGGCUCCACAACCUUCCUCAGGCUCCACAACCUUCCUCAGGCUCCACAACCUUCCUCAGGCUCCACAACCUUCCUCAGGCUCCACAACCUUCCUCAGGCUCCACAACCUUCCUCAGGCUCCACAACCUUCUUCAGCUCCACAACCUUCCUCAGGCUCCACAACCUUCCUCAGGCUCCACAACCUUCCUCAGGCUCCACAACCUUCCUCAGGCUCCACAACCUUCCUCAGGCUCCAUAACCUUCCUCAGGCUCCACAACCUUCCUCAGGCUCCACAACCUUCCUCAGGCUCCACAACCUUCCUCAGGCUCCACAACCUUCCUCAGGCUCCACAACCUUCCUCAGGCUCCUCAACCUUCCUCAGGCUCCACAACCUUCCUCAGGCUCCACAACCUUCCUCAGGCUCCACAACCUUCCUCAGGCUCCACAACCUUCCUCAGGCUCGUCAACCUUCCUCAGGCUCCACAACCUUGCAUGCUUCUGUACCUUCAUACAGCUUAUGUUAUCACUUAUGUAUGUUUGCAUCACGUGUUUGCGUCACAUAGAAGACUUCUGUAUAUCUAACUGA